AGCCGCCAGCCGAUAGCCGUGGUCCUUGCGUGCGUGGUAGAGCAAUGUAAAAAGAAAUUACGUUACACCCUGAACUUUAUGUCUGACUAUUAUACAAUUAAUGAGAUUUUUUAAGAAAGACAUUCAAUAUGCCUACGAUCUCUGUCAACCGAGACGCGUUGUUUACCGCAUUGGGCAGCAAAUAUACUGAUGAAGAAUUUCAGAAUUUAUGUUUUGAGUUCGGAUUGGAACUAGACGAAGUAACAACUGAAAAACAAAUGUUAAUGAAAGAACAAGGAAGUCAUGCUGGUACAGGGGUUUCAGAUGACAUCUUAUACCGCAUAGAUAUUCCAGCUAAUAGAUAUGAUUUGCUCUGCUUGGAGGGUCUUGUGAAUGGAAUACUUGUUUUCCAAGGAAAAAAGGCACCUCCUCAGUAUAAGCUUACAAAAUAUGAAGACUGUUACUCACUGCACCUCACACCAGCUACAGCCCAAAUUAGACCAUAUGCAGUUGCAGCAGUUCUCAAAGGCAUCACAUUCACUAAGGACUCAUAUGAUAGUUUCAUUGAUUUACAGGACAAGUUGCACCAGAACAUAUGUAGAAAGCGAGCACUGGUAGCCAUCGGCACACAUGAUCUGGACACUGUACAGGGUCCGUUUGUGUACGACGCAUUGCCCCCUAGCGAGAUCAAGUUUAAGGCUCUCAAUCAACCGAAGGAAAUGACUGCUCCAGAACUUAUGGAAUUGUACUCGCAUCACGCGCAACUGAAACAAUACCUUCCUAUAAUAAGGGACAGUCACGUGUACCCUGUGAUAAAGGAUAAGAAUGGUAUCGUACUGUCCAUGCCGCCCAUCAUCAACGGCGAUCAUUCGAAGAUCACCCUUAACACGAAGAAUGUGUUCAUCGAAUGUACUGCUACAGAUUUAACAAAGGCCAUAGUUGUCCUGGACACGAUAGUGUGCAUGUUCUCUCAGUACUGUGCGAAACCUUACGGAGUACAACAAUGUAAGGUUUUCUCCCCCGACGGCACCUAUGAGUUGUAUCCCAAGUUGGAAUACAGGGAGGAAUCAAUCAACAUUGAUAAGGCUAACAGCUACAUCGGCAUAAGUGAGAAUGGAGACAAGCUGGCUUCUCUUCUGUCCCGCAUGUGUUUGUCAUCGAAGCUUCUGAACCAAUCGGAGGUGAAAGUGAAAGUGCCACCAACCAGGCAUGACGUCAUACACGCCUGCGACCUUUACGAGGACAUCGCCAUCGCAUACGGAUACAACAACAUAACGCGUAGAACUGCAGCAGUCAGCACUUGCGGCGCUCAGGAGCCCAUGAACAAGCUCACGGAGCAGUUGCGUCGCGAAUGCGCAUGCGCAGGAUACACUGAGGCUCUCACCUUCACGCUGUGUUCCCGAGACGACGUUUCUACGAAGUUGGGACUGAAAAUCGAAGAUGUGCCGGCGACUCACAUCUCUAACCCCAAGACUUUAGAGUUCCAAGUCGUCCGCACCACGCUUCUGAGCGGGCUUCUGAAAACAAUUGCUGCGAACAAGAAAAUGCCGCUGCCACUGAAACUAUUCGAACUGAGCGACGUGGUGUUGAAGGACCCAACUGCCGAGACGGGUGCCCGGAACGAGCGUCGCCUGUGCGCCGUGUAUUGCGGUAAAGCUGCCGGCUUCCAGUUCGUGCACGGCCUGCUGGACCGCGUGAUGGCGAUGCUGAGACAACCCUGGUCCGCUGACGGAUAUACGCUGCGGCAAGCUGAUGACCCAGCGUACUUCCCGGGUCGGUGCGCUCAAGUGUUAUUACGCGGUCACGUGAUCGGCCAACUGGGCGUGCUGCAUCCGAGGGUGCUAUCCGCCUUCGACCUAGCCAACCCCUGCUCUGCGCUAGAGUUCACCCUAGAACCGUUCCUAUGAUACUAGCACCGCAGC